AUGUCGUCGGCAAAUCUUGGUUCAACAGUUGGGAUUGGACUCAAUAACGUCUCGGUGGAAGACCUCCGGCAAACUUCGAACACUACCUCUUACGAAGUAUGCUUUGGAAUGUUGUGUGACAUACAGGUCCAGUUGAUUCCCGUUGUUAACCGUCGGAAACCGAUACCGAGUGGCUCGGAAACCGAAGAUAUUUCCGCCGUUAAACUGGUAUUCUCGGAAGAUCGAUGCGACAUUGUCAAUUCGCUCGAGAUCGUUAUCGGUACCAUAAACAAGAAGACUCACAUUGCACUUAGCAAGCUCACUUCGAUCAAACAGAUAUACUUUAGUGGAUGUAUAAAACCGACCUAUCACGAUAACCGAAUCUCUACGACUACCAAAUCACCUUCCAUAAGCAGCCCGAUCGCGACCACGUCCGCUGAUUUUUCCAUAUUUGGGCCUCGGGCUAUUGCAGAACAACUCGCGAAAGAAUUAUCUCGAUAUCGACUUUUCCUCCAACAUCCGACGCCAUUGCCAGAUAGUGUCCCGUACGAAAAUCCACAAUACCUGAGCAUUGCUGGGAUAUCUUUUUCCAAUGGAUCUAUCUUGCCCGCUAUCAAGGGCAUUGACGAGUCGGAAGAGACCCCCGAUACACCAUCCUCGUUGGAGGAAAACGAGCAACUAACCGACCUGAACUAUGUACUCGACCAUCUCCCGCAGCAUAAUUACCUCACACAAAUUAAAAUAGAUCAACGUAUAUCGACUCCUCUUUUAAGUCACCAGAAAGAAGGAGUGGACUUCAUCCUUCGGCGAGAACGUCCCGCAACCGCCAAUCUACGAAGCCUCUGGAAACUGAGUGGCUUAGACCAAGAUAUCCAACUUUACCGUCAUAUAAUUACCGGUUCGACUAGCGACGCGCCCGACGAUGCACCUGGUGGUAUUCUUGCCGAUGCCAUGGGGGUUGGAAAGACCCUCACCAUGAUUGCUUCAAUAGCGUCGGCGCCAACAGCGACUAUUCAGUCUACAACUGAACCUGGGAAUUUCCAAAGCCAAGCAAUAAAUUCAACAUUGAUAUUAGUACCUUCCCCCCUAAUACUUGAUGGGUGGAUUGAAGAGAUCGAGAAGCAUGUGAUUCCAGGCGCAUUUUGUUACUACAAGUACCAUGGGCCUAAUCGUUACCUUCCCGCUUCAUUAAACAUGCCAUAUAAUAUAGUCUUAACUACAUAUGGAACAUUGGUAGCUGAUUUUCGGCGCGGUGGUGGGAUUCUUUAUAGUUUCAAAUGGUAUCGUUUAGUCCUAGACGAAGCACAUUUUAUCCGGAACUGGCCGACGAAGCAGUUCAAAGCUGUCAUGCAACUUGAUGCGGUUAUAAGGUGGUGUAUGACCGGAACACCCAUACAAAACCGCCUCGAAGACUUAGCUUCGUUAAUUCGGUUCUUGCGCGUCCCUAUCCUUCAAGAUCCAUCCGAGUUCCGGCGGCACAUAAUCGGCAGAAAGAAGACAGCGAGUGGUUUGGUGAAGCCUAACUUUGAGAAACUAAGAUUAUUGCUUGGUUCUAUCUGUCUGAGGCGCAAUACAUCGGUUCUUUCGCUUCUUGGUGUUAAUUUUACUACCUGCAGGAUAGAUCUGUCUUCCGAAGAACAGCAAACUUACAAUGGCCUUGCUCUAGACUGCAAGAGUUCGAUUGACAAAGCUAUUAGCUGCGAGAAUGUGCGAGGCUCCGCUAAAAACCCCAUACUAAAGGCGCUCUUGAAGAUGAGGAUUUUCUGCAAUUUAGGUCUCGAUAUUGGCACUAAUUUAACGACAUCGGAAGGGCUGAACGGUGCAUCCGGCCCGCGCCAGCAGAAGAUAGACACGGAGUGUAUCUAUUGUGAAUCUCGCUCCAGCACGGUUUUCGAUAGUGAGAGUUGCUCUCCAAUAGAUAACCCCGAGCUCAUUUGCACCCAAUGCGUCUCUCGACUGGAACAUGAAGUCGCAGAAAAGCGCUCGGUGAACUCAAGGUCCGGUCGCGACGAUAACGCUGCAUCGCUAGAGCGUUACCGCUUUCCGAAGACGCAUAAACCUAGACCAACGGCUUCUAUUCGCAGGAAAUAUUCUUCGAAAUUGAAAGCCCUCUUGGAGAAUAUCAAAAUGCAGGAUGAGGAGAAAAGUGUUGUUUUUUCCUCGUGGAUUAGGAGCCUUGACUCUGUCGCAGAUCUUCUGACGGAGCAUGGCAUAUCCCAUAGGCGAAUCGAUGGUUCACUUCCAACAGCACAAAGACAGCGGAUGCUAUUCGAAUUUCGUAAUCCUUCGGUUAAAGUUCUUUUGAUGACUUUAGGGACUGGGGCGGCUGGUUUGAACCAGCUGUCGAUCGCCAGUCGACUUCACUUAUUGGAGCCUCAGUGGAACCCAUCCGUAGAAAGCCAAGCGAUCGGUCGCGUAGUCAGACUGGACCAAAAAAAGGAAGUCACAGUAAUACGAUAUGUGACUAAGUUUACCAUUGAAGAAAGCGUCGAAGAUAGGCAAGCGUUCAAACUCCGUCUUGCAGUAGCUGGUGGCUUGCAGUCCUCGAACUCGGACCACACAGAACGAAUUCAGGGUCUUCGCGAGUUAGGAAAAGCCAUACAGAGUCAACUGAAAUCUUCAUCAUAA